UUUGUGCUAUGAAAUUGAAGACAAAAUCUAUUGUCUAGUGUCUCUAAGUAAAGCAAACAUCUACAUGUUACUAAACAUCACAUGCUAAUAAUUAGUUUAGACAUGAGCUGUUUGCUUUAUCAACAAAAGUAAUCCUCACAUGAUUUGGUGGUUCUGCUCCAAAUUACAUGAUUGCAAUGACUGUAAGUCUAUUAUGGAUUUAACCACAUGCUACUUAGUUUAGUUUUUUGUCAUAUUUUGUAUGGAGAUACAACAAUACUUUAAAACUUUGCUAUUGCCAGGCUUCAGUUGUACUGCUCAUAAAUAAUGAUCUUCAUGAGCAGUAAUGACCCAUGAACAUAAUCAGGGGUCUAUGCCUCUGUAGUACUCACAGGAAAUGAUCGUAGACCUAAAAUGGACCACUCUGAUGGUAAUAUGUAACCUUUCAACUCCUAAAUCCUUCAUUGAUAUUUACAAAUCUCCCAAGUAAUGCUUUAUUUAUUGAAUUACCUGAGAAAAAAGAUGGAUGAUGUCAAUAAAAUACAAUUAACAUGAAUUAAACAGAAUCACAAUUAUAUCAUUUCAUACAUAAAACCUCAUAAUGUAAUGUAGCUUGUGGAACUUGAUUCUCAGAAUCCAUAAACUUACAUAUUUGCUCUUUUCUAAGUGCACCCGUAAGUCUCAUUAGGAACGAGCUGGCUGCAUCAGAAAAAUAGCAAAGGCUCUAUUGCACUCUCUCUCUUAGUAAAGCAGUGUAAUCUGAUAACCAGGACACAUCUAACCACACUAUAAAAACCCACUCACUGAUAGCAAAAAAGCCGCACACAAGCCAAUACAUAGGAGAUUCCAAAUGGGUAAGAAUGGGCCUCUUAAACUUUUUCUUCUCUUGUUUGUGUGUUGUUUAUCUGAUGCUCUGAUCUGUUGAAACUUGUAUUUUGGAAAAGUUAAUAUCAUGGGACGUAACAAUAAAUGACAUUUUCUCUUGUUUUUCAUAUAGUUUACUUGCAGGAUGACUAAAGAAUGUGCAGAAAUGACAAACAUCUCCAAAACUGAGUCAAAAUCUAGACAACAGUCAUACGACAGUGCAAUGGAUGGAGACGAGAGCAACCAGAUAUCUGCAAACGUAUUUGAGUGGACUAAGCAAGGAAAUGUAGUCGCUCUGGAGAAGCACACCAGGUACCUGGACAUACGUGACAACAUCGGUGCCAGCCCAAUGCACUACGCUGCAUCCAUGGGACACUUUCGCAUCAUCAGACUAAUAGUGCAGAUCACUGGACAACAAGAGCUCAGUGCCAGGGAUGAGGAGGGGAAUACACCUCUUCACUGGGCUGUGCAGAAGGACCAGCCAGGAAGCUGCUCUGUGCUUCUGACUCUGGGAGCAGAUCCUAACAUCCUAAACAACAGCCAGCAGUCACCGCUACAUAUGGCAGUCAGCAUGGGUAAAAAUUUUGUGUUAGAGCAACUUGUCUCGCAUAAACAAACUGACGUGAACCUGGAAGGGGACUUGGGAAACACCCCUGUCAUUUUAGCUGCUUCUUUGGACAACCAUGAGGCUCUGGUCAUACUGUACAAACAUGGUGCAAAGUUCUGCCGUCAGAACAAGCUAGGUCAUUUUGCAAUUCAUGCUGCUGCUUUUGCUGGAGCUAAGAAAUCAUUGGAGGUCAUUCUUCUGAAAGGAGAAGAAGUUGGUCUGUCGAUUGACACCCAUAUAAACUAUGUGGAUAAAUCUUGCAGUAGUCCACUUCACCUGGCAGUACGUGGAGGAAAUCUUGACAUCAUUAAACUCUGCAUUGCAUAUGGAGCGAAAAUUGAACAGCAGCAGUGUGAUAAAUCCACUGCUCUCCACUUUGCAUGUAGUCAAGGUGCCAUUGAGGUUGUUAAAGUCAUGCUCACGGCUUACCAUAAAGUGUGUGACCUUAUCAACAUCACGGAUGGGGCCAACCAGACACCUCUACAUAAAGCAGCGAUUUUUGAUCAUUUUGAACUCUCUGAGUACCUUAUAUCACAGGGUGCUGACAUUGAUUUUGUUGACUGCAAAGGCCAUUCUCCACUUCUUCUGGCAACGAGUUGUGGAGCAUGGAGAACUGUCAGUCUGCUCCUCUCCCAUGGAGCUGAUCUGAAGAAAAAAGACAAAUCUGGAUGCAACUUCUUGCAUCUGGCCAUCUUGCAGCCCAGGGGUCUGAAAAACCUGCCCACAGAGGUACUGCAGCACGAGAGUGUGAGAGAGCUUCUCAAUGAUGAGGAUACUGAGGGCUGUACUCCUCUCCAUUACGCCUGUAGACUGGGAAUACCAGAGUCUGUGAAGAACAUGCUGGGAUUGGAGGUCUCGCUGGACCAAAAGUCCAAACAGAAGAAAUCUGCACUUCAUUUUGCGGCCGAAUAUGGGAGGAUCAACACAUGCCACAGGCUUUUGGAGAUGGUGACUGACACCAGAAUGCUGAAUGAGGGGGAUGAGAAAGGACUUACUCCACUGCAUCUGGCUUCUCGUGGAGGUCACGUUAAAGUAGUCGAGCUUCUCCUACGCAAGGGGGCGCUGUUUCACAGUGACUAUAGAGGAUGGUCAUGCCUUCAUCAUGCUGCAUCUGAAGGAUACACACAGACCAUGGACACUUUGCUGACAUCUAACAUCAAACUUUUAAACAAAACUGAUGGAGAUGGGAACACAGCUUUGCAUCUGGCUGCUAGAGCAGGUCAUGUGGCAGCAGUAAGACUGCUGUUAUACAGAGGGGCCAAGAUCAUCCUCAACAAGAAUGAUGCCUCUUUCUUGCAUGAGGCCGUACAUAACGGGAGGAAGGAGGUCACCAACACUGUAAUCGAGAGCGACAGAUGUGAAGAGGUGAUGACAACGUACAAACCAAACUCAUCAAAACGUUGCAUUGUCAUGGACAUGAUUGAGUUUCUUCCAGACUCCUUUAAACAUCUUCUAGACACUUGCAUAAAGGAAUCAGAGGAAGAUGUUAACAGCACCAAUUACUAUAUUGAGUACAAUUUCAGGUGGCUUCAGCAUCCACUGCAAAACCUUAAAAAGACAGGCAUGGAAAAAGACAACACCUACAAACCUCUCAGUGCACUGAAUGCUAUGGUGAAUUUUAAUCGUGUCAGUUUGCUGACACAUCCAGUCUGCAAGAAAUAUUUGGAGAUGAAAUGGAAUGCCUAUGGGGUCAAAGCACAUCUGCUCAAUAUGACGGUGUAUGCGCUGGGGGUGUUUCCUCUAACAUAUCUCAUUGUGAAUCUGAAGCCCACACUGGUCACUGCAAGGAAUGUCACAUCAGUCAACAUGGUCUGCACGUCCCUGUACAAGCAAUCCUAUAUAAUCACAGCAUGUAUGUUCCUGGUUCUUGCAAUGAAUAUGUAUGCAGUUGGGAAAGAGAUCCUGCAAAUAAUUCAACAGCGGGUGCAUUAUUUGCGGGAUCUGUCUAACUACAUGGACUGGGGCGCUGCGAUCUGUUCUCUGGUGUUCGUGGUGCCGCUACUGCUAAACGUGAAGAGUUCCUGGCACUGGCAGGCUGGAGCACUGGCAGCUUUGGCCUCCUGGCUGAAUCUCCUCCUCUAUCUCCAGCGGUUUGAACGGAUCGGUAUUUAUGUGGUAAUGUUUCGGGAGAUCUCACGGACACUGCUGAGCAUUAUUUUGCUGUUCUUUUACUUGAUAUUGGGAUUUGCAUUGGCCUUCUAUGCCUUGAUGAUCGAACAGCAACAUUUCGGGAGGAUGUUCCUGUCACUGCUGCAGACCUUUGUCAUGAUGGUAGGAGAAAUCAACUACCAGGAGAAUUUCUUGAAACCCUUCCUGCAAGGAGACCUUCCUUUCCCCCUUUUGACAUUGGCAAUCUUCGUUUGGUUUGUCUUACUUGUGCCUAUUCUUCUCAUGAACCUUCUGAUUGGUUUGGCUGUCGGUGACAUAGCAGAGGUUCAGACAAAUGCAUGUUUAAAGAGGAUUGCAAUGCAGAUUGAACUUCACACUAAUCUGGAGGAGAGGCUUCCCUAUUGGUUUAUGAAACGGGUGGACCAGGUCACCAUCAAAGAAUUCCCAAACAGAUGCUUCAAUGGAAAGAAAAGAUGGGUUUUCUGUUGGAACGAGGUGAGGAAGUCCAGGACCCGUCUCAGUCCUACCAUCUACCAGUUAACUCCACUGGAACGGGAGCUAACCAAACAGAAAUACAGGAUGAAGGAGAUGUCAGAGUCCAUGGAAAAGCAACACAACCUGCUAAAGCUUAUAGUGCAGAAGAUGGAGAUCAGCUCAGAGGCAGAGGAACAUGACGGACCCCCAGUCUUUCAAGAACUGAAAGAGAAACUCCUCAGUAGGAGCAAAUGGGGUCCACUGCUCAGAGCAGUGACCGCCAGAAAGAAGGGAGUCUGCAAAUUCAUGAAAACGUCAUGAACAAGCCAUUGUUUUAACAGAGUUGUUGUAUUUA